AUGCCAGGCACCUCCCUGGAGGGGAUUCGUCCUGCCUACAUCUACAAGAUAGUUCUGCUGGGGAGCACAUCAGUGGGAAAGUCAAGCCUGGCCUACCGAUACGUGAAAAAUGACUUCAAGGAGUCACUGCCAACCGUGGGAUGCUCCUUCUUCACACAGACGCUUAACCUGGAGAUAGCCACUAUCAAAUUUGAGAUCUGGGACACAGCAGGCCAAGAGAAGUACCACAGUGUCUGCCACCUCUACUACCGGGGUGCCCACGCUGCUCUUCUCGUUUACGACAUCGCUAAUAAGGAAACACUCAAAAGAGCAAAGCUGUGGCUGAGGGACCUGGAGAAGGAAUUCCUUCCUGAUGAAAUCGUCAUUGCUUUGGUGGGCAACAAGAUGGACCUUGCUGCUGAGCGAGAAGUCACCACUGAGGAGGGAGAAGAGUUUGCAAGGACCAAAGGCCUCCUGUUCAUGGAGACAUCUGCAAAAUCCAACCACCAAGUAAACGAUACCUUUAUGGCUGUAGCUCAAGAGCUCCUGCAGCGGGAACAAGAGAAGGCAUCUGCCCUGUCUGCACAUGGGAGGUCAACAGUUCACUUGGGGGAGAGUGGGGCAAAGAUGGGGUGCUGCUAG